AUGGCGCAGUCGCCUCCGCAGAGCCUCCUCAGCCACGACCACUGGAUCUUCUCCCAGGGCUGGGGCUGGGCCGGCCACUCGGACUCCACGUCCCCGGCCUCCUCCUCGGACUCGUCGGGUUCGUGCCCCUACGACAGCACCCGCGGCCCCUCGCGGCCCGCGCCCCCCGCCUGCGGCGCCCGACGUGCGCGCACUGGCCGGCGGCGGCAGCGGCAGAGCGCCAGCGAGCGCGAGAAGCUGCGCAUGCGCACGCUCGCCCCGCCCUGCACGAGCUGCGCCGUUCCUGCCGCCGUCCGUGCGCCCGCCGGCCAGAGCCUCACCAAGAUCGAGACGCUGCGCCUGGCCAUCCGCUACAUCGGCCACCUGUCGGCCGUGCUGGCCUCAGCGAGAAGCCUGCAGCGCCGGCGCCGGCGGCGCAGCGACGCGGCGUCCGCCGGGGCUGCCGCUGUGCCCGACGGCGGCGCGCAGGCGCAGGUGCAGGUGCAGGCGCAGGUGCAGGUGCGCGGCCCGGGCCUGGGCUCAGCCGCCCGCGCCGGGGCGUCCUGGGGGUCCCCGCCCGCCUGCCCUGGACCCGGAGCUGUGCCCGAGCAUCUGGGGAGCGGGGGCCCGGACACAGAUCCCUGGGUGACACCCCCUUACUGCCCCAAGAUACAGUCGCCCACGCAUCCGUCCCAAGGGAGAACCCCUGACGAGUCUUUUUGGAUGCCACCCCAAGCCUUUCCCAGGACGCAGACAUCCCCAGAGCCCGGGAACCAGGCAGUGCCCUGGACGACGCCCCCGGGGCCCGUGGAGCUGGCUGCAGUAUACCAGGGUGUCUCUGUGUCUCCAGAGUCCUGUCUGUCGCUGGGAUCCCCGCCGCUCCUGCCCCGCCCAUCAUGCCAAAGACUCCAGCCUCAGACCCAGUGGGGGUGCUGGAGCCACAGUGCAGAGGUGCUUCCCGGCUCAGAGGGCCAGGCACCAGGCCCCGCCUUCCAGCUCCAUGAAGCAAGCCCUCCCCAGAGCUCAGGCCUGCCGCUCGGUGGCUGCCCUGAACUUUGGCCAGAAGACCUAGAGGGGGCCCACCUGGGCCUCUUCUACUAAAUGGGAUUGCUUGCCGCCUUUUCAGCCAGGAAUCAGGGCUGUCCUGUGGGUGCCCCAUUUGCUACCUCAGUGGUUUUCAAGCUUGCCGUUAGCCAAGGAUCCUUUUGCCCAGGGAUGUCUUUCACGGAAGUAGUGGCUGGGGCAGUGUCUCCCACCGCUAGACACCCGGUGCUCUGCAGAGCAGUCUGAGCUGCUGUAGGAUAAAGGCUCCCCAAAGGGGGAGGUGGGGCUGGGACAGUGCGGGUGUGCGUGGGGGGCAGGCUCCACGCUCUG